AUGAGUGGUGAAACUGGCUCGAACGAGUGCUUGGCUCCACCGGCGGAGGUUGCGGAAGUUGCGGAGGAGGCACCAGAAGAUGUCACCGCUGAGGUUGCCGAGAGCGACGACGAGGGAAGCGGAUCCGAUGACGGCGCCGAAGCCUCCAGCCCAGCCGCUGCCACAUCAUCCAAGGCGAAGCGCGGACGUGGUCGUCCAACCAAGGCGUCAAAGGCCAAGAUCUCGAAGAAGCCAGCUUCGGAGCUCGGCCAGCGUGGUCGCCCACGUAAGGAUGGCUCAGCCGUCGGAUCGAGCACCGCCGCUGCCACCAAGAAAGCCGCCAAACCAACACCAAUUCCAAAGGUGGCUCGCGAGCCGGAACGCAAGAGCGAGCGUGCUCGCAAAGCGACUCGCUACGUCGACGAGGAUGGAGACGAUUCUGGAGACGAGGCGCCGGUCAAGGCGAAGAAGUCACCGGCUAAGGCAGCUGCUCCAGCCAACGGAGCCAAGAAGGGACGUGGACGUCCAAAGAAGAACUAG